AUGGAGAUGCGUAAAGGGUCUCAAUCAGCUCAAAAGCACCCAGCUAACUUAGCUCUUUCACCAUCUUCUUCUUCCUCCUCCUGCUCCUCUUCUAGUGCUAGCGUUGUGCCUCUUACCUGCUCUCCGGUCGAACAAACCGCACUGCCAUAUAGGUUGGGGAGUAGACGGAUAUCCGUAGUCAGCUUGUCUGACUGUGAACGGCUGAGAUUUGUGGACACUGCAGGGAGCGAGUGGAGGAAUGUUGAGAACCGGUUCAACCGGCUUGCCACCACCGUAAACGGGCAUGAACCGGUUGUGAAGUGGUCGGAUUUUGGUUCUUGCAUAGGAAUGAGAGAAUCACCAGAAUUUGCUAACGAGCUCUUAAGAGCACUGAGAGGAAGAAGAGAUUGGAAAAAGGAUAUCACAAAAAAUGAACUUCACAAUUAUUGGUGUCGCAUGACAGAUCCCUGGUUGGAUUCAAGGAUAGAAUUAUUCUUUGACCUCUGUGACAGAAAUAUGGAUGGAAGAAUCGAUGAGAGGGACAUCAAGAAGGUUAUCUUGUUAAGUGCUCCCAUAAAUAAGUUGUCAGUAAAGCACGAGGAAGCUGAGGAACAAGCUAGUUUAAUCAUGGAAGUGCUUGACAUUGAACACCGAGGCUAUAUCGAGCCAUCUCAAUUGGAAAGUCUCUUCAAAGUAAGCUUACCAAAGGGCUCCUCUGCAACUUCAUAUCAAAAGGAUCAAAAACUAGAGCCGACCUCAAAGGCCGAGAUCUUGUUUCGGUCCUAUUGGAGACGGACAUGGAUAAUUCUGUUUUGGUUGAUAGUUUGCUUUGCGCUCUUCACAUGGAAAUUCAUCCAAUACAGACAUAGAACAGCUUUCCAAGUCAUGGGGUACUGUCUAUCCACUGCCAAAGGAGCAGCAGAGACCCUGAAAUUCAACAUGGCUCUGAUUCUCCUCCCUGUUUGUCGAAAUACGAUAACAUGGCUACGCAAGAAUCGUGGGUUCAACUCGGUUAUUCCAUUUAAUGAUAACAUCAAUUUUCACAAACUAAUUGCAGCAGGGAUAGUGAUUGGUGUUAUCCUCCAUGGCGGCACACAUCUUGCAUGUGAUUUUCCAAGAAUUAGUGGAUCUGAUAGUUCCACUUUUCGACAAACUAUAGCAGCUAGAUUUGGCUAUCAGCAACCGUCAUACUUCCAAAUAUUGGCCACAACAGAGGUUGCAACAGGAAUUGCUAUGGUGAUAUUAAUGAUGAUAGCAUUUUCACUAGCAACAAAAUGGCCUCGCCGCCAGUCUCCUCCACUGCCAAGGUCGGUUCGGAAGGUCACUGGUUAUAAUACAUUUUGGUACUCCCACCAUCUAUUCAUUCUGGUGUAUGCUUUGCUCAUUGUUCACUCAAUGUUCCUCUUCCUGACAGAUAAUCUAACUGAAAAGACGACUUGGAUAUAUAUUGCCAUACCGGUUCUAUUAUAUGCCGGAGAGCGGAUAAUUCGAGCCAUAAGAUCAGGGUUUUGUGAGGUAGAAAUUUUGAAGGUAAACCUGUAUCCAGGAAAAGUGUUGUCCCUCAAAUGGCGAAAACCAGAAGGUUUUAUUCACAAGAGUGGCAUGUACAUUUUCAUCCAGUGCCCUCAAAUUUCACCCUUUGAAUGGCACCCAUUUUCCCUAACUUGUGGACCAAAAGAUGAUUACUUAAGUGUGCAUAUCAGAACUCUUGGAGACUGGAGCUAUCAGCUAUACGGUCUCUUCCAGGAGGCACAAGUAACAAGACUAAAGCAAUAUCCCAAAAUCUAUAUUGAUGGACCUUAUGGUGCGGCUUCACAAGACCACAUCAAGUAUGAUAUUGUGGUGAUGGUUGGCCUUGGCAUAGGAGUCACACCCUUUAUUAGCAUCCUCAAAGAUUUUGCUAGCCGUGUCAAAAAACCAAACAUUAAUCAUGUGGCAGCCAGCGGGGAAGGCAGAAUUGAGAAAGGUCCAUUAAAAGCUUAUCUUUAUUGGGUUACAAGAGAACAAAGCUCUCUUAAUUGGUUCAUGGAUAUCAUGCAGGAAAUAGCAGAAACAAACCAAAAGCAGUCUGUUGUAGAGGUAUUCAAUUUCCUAACCAGUGUAUAUCAAGAGGGAGAUGCUCGGUCGGCUUUAAUCAGCAUUAUUCAAUCCCUGUAUCAUGCCAAGAAUGGAAUGGACAUUGUCUCUCGAACUCCGGUACAUACCCAUUUCGCUAGACCAAAUUGGUUCAACAUCUUCUCAAAAUUGGCUCGGGGACAUAGAGGAGAACGGAUUGGGGUUUUCUACUGUGGACCAUUGGCAUUAGCAAGAGAAUUGGAGAGGCUGUGCACCAAAUUCUCCACCAAAACCACUACAAGAUUUGUAUUUCAUAAGGAGAACUACUAGUAGAUCUUUCUGUUUUCAAACUUCUAUCAUCUCCACAACAGGAAAUGGCACAACCCUUUUAGUGUUGUAUGGUGUGUUGGCUUUUCAAAGGCAGGCCAAGUUGAACAUGAAAUGAAGCAA